CAGAAACCCCGCCUAUUUCUACAAUUUAUAUUCUUAAAAUGUGAUUUUAAACCCAACRUUAACCACACUGCUAACCCRGACCUUAAAUUAACACCAAAAAGCAACACAAAUAAUAAUCAUGAAUAUUAACGAUAUAGAACAAUUUGGYCAUUGUGGGUGUGGUAACCGAACUAGCUAGCAAGCAAAGUCAUCAGAUGUUUAGUUAGACAACCGAUCCACAAACUAUUGAAUGUWCGCAAUGUUCUUCUGAGAAAUAGACUUGUUGACAAGUCAAUUCAAUAGRUGCACAGAGUGGCGGGGAUGCUGAAUCAAAAUGGGAAACAUUUUCGCCAGAAAGAGACGCACGCGAGUCACAGAGCAGGACAGGGCAGUUUUGCAAUUGAAACAGCAGAGAGAUAAGUUAAAGCUGUAUCAGAAGAGAAUCAACCUGCAGCUGGAGAAGGAGAGGAAUCUAGCCAAGCAGCUGCUGAAAGAUGGCAAGAAAGAGAAGGCCCUCCUCUUGCUCAAGAAGAAGAGAUACCAAGACCAGCUCCUGGACAAGACAGAAAACCAGAUAAGCAACCUGGAGCGAAUGUGUCAAGACAUUGAGUUUGCCCAGAUUGAGAUGAAGGUCGUUGAAGGCCUUAAAGUUGGAAACGACUGCCUGAAGUCAUUGCAUGAGGCGAUGUCCAUCGAGGAUGUGGAGAGAAUUAUGGAUGAGACCCAAGAAGGCAUUGAAUACCAGAGGGAAAUAGAUGAGAUGCUGGCAGGUUCCCUGACACAGGAGGAUGAAGAUGCUGUACUGGCUGAACUGGAGGCCAUCACUCAGGGAGAGCUUGGCCUACCCGAGGUACCUGACGAAUCCCUGCCAGACGUCCCAGAGGCAGCUGAUGAAGAACCAGAGCCAGGUCAAGAGAGGGAGAGGCCAAGGAAGAAGCAGGAAAGAGGGAUGAUGGCUGUCUAGGGGCCUGUCUGUUCGCCAGGUGACUCUGUGGGUCUUGGUACGCCGGCCACUAUAUCCCCCUCAUAGGGGUCUCAUGCCCCCCCCCCCCCCCCCCCCCCACACUCACACACACACACAAAACCACAACCACAGAUUAUCUUCACCAUCUCUUCCAGUCCCUCACCUCCAAGACUGAACUUCCUGGUGCCCUGCUAAGCCUUGGCCUUGUGAGCCCCAAUACUGCUUUAUAAUCCUCUUGUGGAUUCAACCACCCCAUCACUCCAACUAUGGUCAUGGACUUUUCACAUCAUUGCCUGCAGGUUCUCUCCUAUUUUUUUGGUUCAUGUUUAGGGCCUAUUUAGACACAUAAUCAAUAAAUUAGUGGUUUGAUUUACAUAAUAAUGUGCCUAUUGCCUAAGUCCCAUGACGGGUAUGUUUUUUAAAAUCUUCUGUUAACGGACAAAUUAUGUAAUUAACAGACAAAUUAAUGCAUGUGUCUCUUUUCUUCUUUCUUUCUUUCUUUUCAACCUUUUGUGGCUCAGGCCUACUAUCUGACCACAGAGCACAUUCUCUUUGGGAGGAAUAGACAUGCAGACUGUCUUUCAAAAUCAUUACCGUUGGGAUGGUUUUCAGAACCUUGCCUAGUCUUAGUUAAGAAUGUCUUGAUUGCUAACAAACUGUCAAUAAUGGAUAUGACUUUGGCUUUGGUUUCAACUUGUUGAUUGGGGACCAAAAUCCUUACAAUAAUACUGACCUAUUUGCUAAAGCCUCCAUUUCAUGUAAAUUCUAUAUUCUUCCUCGCUGUGCAACAGUUUAACUAAUCUAAUGCUCCAGUAGCGUUGGCUUGGGAAUUAGCUCAGUGUCAUUGGGGGAAAGGGCUAAUUGUUUUGUCAGUGGGCUUACUAACUUAACUCUGUAUCCCAGACUGACUUACUAACUUAACUCUGUAUCCCAGACUGACUUACUAACUUAACUCUGUAUCCCAGACUGACUUACUAACUUAACUCUGUAU